GAAAAUUUCGUCAUUUUCUCCAACUUCUCCAGAUCCAUCAAUUCUCUUCCGUUUCAUCCCCUGUUUUUGAUCCAAUUCCAAUGGCAACUCAAAUUGGGCCCUUAAAUACGCCUGGAAAAGAUGGAAAAUUAUCAGCUUCCCAUUCCAGUUCGGUAUCCAAGGUCAGAGUCGUCAUAAGAGUUAGACCCUUCCUUCCCCGAGAAAUUUCGGAAAAAAAUGGCGAUGCCGUGUCCUGCAUUUCCGUUCUUGACUCAGAACUGAAGUCUUGUGAUGAAGUCACUGUGCACCUCAAAGAUCAAGAAACUAGUCGGAACGAGUGCUUCAAAUUGGAUGCCUUUUUCGGGCAAGAAGACAACAACAUUAGUAAAAUUUUUCAGGAAGAAGUGAAGCCGUUGAUUUCAGGUAUUUUUAAGGGCUGCAACGCCACUGUCUUCGCAUAUGGUGCUACGGGGAGUGGAAAAACUUACACUAUGCAGGGGAGUGAGGAGUCGCCAGGUCUGAUGCCGCUUGCUGUGGCCACCAUUCUCUCUAUGUGCCACAGCACAGAAAGUAGAGUAAAAAUCUCAUACUAUGAGAUCUACAUGGACAAAUGCUAUGAUCUUUUGGAACUAAAAGAAAAGGAAAUUGCAAUAUUGGAUGACAAAGAUGGACAAAUUCAUCUUAGGGGAUUAGCUCAAGUUCAAGUGAACUCAAUAUCUGAAUUCCAUCAGGUGUUUUCUUGUGCAAUUCAGAGGCGUAAGGUUGGGCAGACAAGCCUCAAUGAUGUUUCUAGUAGAAGUCACGGUGUGCUGGUGAUAUCAGUUUCGACCCCUUGUGAUGAUGAUAGUGGCAAAUCUGUGGAUGGCAAGCUAAACCUGAUUGAUUUAGCAGGAAAUGAGGAUAACAAAAAGACAUGCAAUGAAGGAAUUCGUCUCUAUGAAAGUGCCAAGAUCAACCAGUCGCUUUUUGCACUUUCCAAUGUUAUCUAUGCACUAAACAACAAUAAACCCCGAAUACCCUACAGAGAAAACAGAUUGACACGGAUACUGCAGGAUUCUCUCGGAGGAACAAGUCGUGCUUUGAUGGUUGCUUGCCUGAAUCCAGGAGAGUAUCAAGAAUCAGUUCGCACAGUUACUUUGGCCUCCAGGUCACGUCACAUAUCCAAUUUUGUAUCUUCAGCUCAGAAAAAAGAUGCUCCAAGGGUCAGCAUGGAGGCAAAGCUUCGUGAGUGGCUGGAAUCCAAGAGCAAGACAAAGAAUGCUCAAAUGAUCGGUGGAUAUGGAUCUCCGGUAACCAUAAAAAGUCCAACUUCUGUGAGCUCUCUAAAAAAGCCAAAAACAGGUUGGAGUUCUGCAAAACCAAGGAUUGAUAGCAACCGGGGUGCUUCAACUUCUGUGGCUCACAGAAAUUUAUUUAAUCAUGGAGGUCCUGUAGAUCCAGGGAAGGAGGUAAACAUGAAACUACUUUCUCCAAUUGGUUAUUGCACAGAUGAACCUGCAAUUAGAGAGCAGAAGAUGGCAACAAGCAAGUGUUCUACAGGACCAUCCCCUGUUAGUGCUAAAACUAAAUCACCACAAAGUCCCUUGAGGAAAGUCCUUUCUCCAAUAGACUCCAAUAUAAAAGCUGACGACAUAAUUUCAGAAGACCAACCUCUUGUUUCUUCUGACCUGAAAACUCCCAAAACACCUUUUAUUCAUAAUGGUGGUAAUGACCAGUUUGAGGGCACUGGAAACCCCCUUGAAAAAUUCCAUACUCGAAGUACUAACUUGAAGGGCACUCUGGUUCAAGAAUAUAUCGAGUUCUUAAACACAGCAACCAGGGAAGAGCUACUUGAGCUAAAGGGAAUCGGGCAGAAGAUGGCGGAGUACAUUACUGACCUUAGGGAGACGAGUCCUUUAAAAUCACUGAACGAUUUGGAGAAAUUAGGCCUUUCAUCAAAGCAGGUACACAAUAUGUUCAGCAGAGCUGCAAGAGGUGUUUUAGGAUAAGCUUGUAUGAAACCAAGUCACGAAAUCAUGAAGAGGAUAACUUACAAAUUUCAGCCAGCAUCAUAACCAUUGUAACAGUUAUAUAUAUACUCAUUUAAUAGUCCUGUUCUUAACCUAAUUUCGGCAUUUGAACUGUAGCAUACGAAAUUUAAUUUCAUGGUUUGUAUUAACCUUUUAUUAUUGUCUUCUGGGAUGGGCGACAGCAGCAGAUUUCAUGGCACUGAACUAACACUACCAAUUCCAUGGUCUAUCACCUUUAA